AUGUUAAAAUCUAACAUCAGCCUUGUGAAAAAGAAUGAAUCAUGGGUCCCAAGGAAAGAGCAACAAAUUGCUGCCAUAGAAAAACAUGGCUACACUUUAGGCAAAACUCUUGGAGAGGGAGCUUACGCUAAAGUCAAAUUAGCUGACUCCAAAAAACACAACUGCAAAGUAGCCAUCAAAGUCAUUAACAAGAGAAGAGCGCCCAAGGAUUUUCUAAAAAAGUUCCUGCCUCGUGAAGUCCACCUGAUGCAUCGCUUGAAUCAUCCCAACGUAGUGAGUAAAAUGAGAAAUAUUUUUCUCCAAGAGAUGAUAACUAAGAUAGUAGAACGUAUUCAAUCAUUCCAAAAUUUUUUACCCGUUUAUUUUGUCUCAUCGCUAUUUUUAACUGUGGGUUCGAUCGGGUAAACUACACUAGCCUGUUCCAGGCGUUUAGAUAGUAGGGAGGCGUUAAGAAAAGUGAGCAAGAAAAAACAGCGACUCCACCACUUCCUUUCUUCCGCUUACCCCCCACCCCGACCCCUCUGAUCUCCAUUUCGAACCACUCUCCACUACCUGAAAGCCUUGAACUGUGCAUGAAAUAAAACCAGGAACACUGGAACAGAGUCGGAAUACCUAACAUUAAAAAUACGUCAAGACUGAGAUAAGAAAAGAGAACAUCAGUGUUUCUCCUGAUGAUAGAUAGGUUUACUAUUUGUCUCUUUUACCUAUUAUCAGUUCUCUGAAGUGUUCGAGAGUGUUCCCUUGUUCCGGUGUUUCGGAUCUCGCCCAAUGUGAGGGGAUCCGUAUUUUUGCCUGGGGAAACUGGAAUAUUGGGCUUUGGACUCCGGAAUACAACUCAAGGAAUCCGGAAUCCCAGUAACAUGAUGGCUUAACUAUAAGAAGACUCAUUCACUACAUUGCGAAACACUGUUUUCUGUCUUUUAUAAAGGGGUAGUUUCGUCGGAAUCUACGAAUUGAACGCGUGUGUUUUUCUUGCAGAUCAAACUACAUGAGGUCGUGGAAACGUCAACCAAAGUGUACAUCAUUUUACAGUUAGCAUCCAAAGGGGAUUUACUAGAAUACAUUAACAACAAAGCUACGCUGAGCGAAGACGAAGUGCGCGUACUGUUUUGUCAGCUUGCCGCUGCCAUGGCAUACUGUCAUAAGGAGCACGUGGUUCACAGAGAUUUGAAAUGUGAAAACAUUCUGAUUGAUGGCGAAGGAAAACUAAAAGUGACAGGUAAAAAUAAAAUAAAAUACUGAGAUGUGAACUGUGCGUUCAUUUAGCAAAUGAUAUGAAUGAUUUUGUGAAUCGAGUUUACUGAAAAUAAAGUGUAGACUAACAGUUGAGCGCGUGGAACAUCGCAUGAGCAUGCCCUCCCCACAGAAGGCUACUUUGUGUGCUCUCACCUAUACCGAGUACCCGAGAGGGUACUAAGAAAGGUUUUAUACGGGUAGACUCCGCCAGCGUGGUCUAACCCCUUACCCUUAUAUGUACCAUUUUUGACAGACAAGGUACCCCUUUAUAAUUAGUAUACCUCCUAUUGCCAAAUAGUACCCCUUUCACAUAUCAUUUUAUCCAUUUCAACUGCUGUAAAUGUCUUUGAAAUAUGAAUAAAUAUGUCGACUUCAACUGCCAUAAAAUCCUUUAGUAGCCCUUUUAAGUCAUUUUAUAGACCGAAAUGACAGAUUUCCGUACCGGCUUUUAUAUACUUCGACUGCAACCUCUGCCCUGGGAGCGAGGUUGACCUCGACUGGUGAAAUCCCGACCCAUUCAUAUACCUGCAGCUUGAAAAAGGUACACCUUUCGGACGGGACCUCCCCGUAUAGGCCAUGCCAUUAUAGGAAGUACCCCUUGGGACCGAGUAUUGCUCGCUCAAAUCUCUUUGUCAGUUUAUAUCCUUAACAAAAGAAAUCAUGAUCUCAGUUGAGUAGGGGAACGCUAUUGCAUUAGCAGUUUAAGAACAAGUCAGUAGGGAAAAUCCAAAGAAUACCCGUUUAUGCCUUUCACUUGGAUUUCAGACUUUGGUUUUGCAAUAAGUACGAUCAAAAAUCGUCUGCUGGAGACGUUCUGUGGUUCGUACGCCUACUGCUGUCCCCAGAUCCUCAGAGGAGAGCCAUACGACGGUAAAAAAGCGGACGUGUGGAGCAUGGGAGUGGUUUUGUAUGCAAUGGCCUGCGCAAGGCUGCCGUUUAGCGACGAAGAUAUGCGUGCUUUAGCUAAACAGGGCUACCAGGGCAAGGUCAAGUUUUCCAAGAGAGUCAGUAAGGGUAUGUGGAUAAAAAGCAGUGGCGGAUCCAGAAAAAAAAAAACAUUUUUUCGGACCUUCGGGCCUCAGUUUGGUCUAAAAAUAAGGGGAGUCCGGGCCCCUCGGCCCCUCCCCUCGAUUCGCCACUGAAAAGUAAGAAUUGUUUGGAAUAAGGGAAAAUAAUCUAAAAGCAAUUCAAAUUCAUAACGUACAACACUCAGAAAACUUACUUCUUAACAACGUGGUUCAUGGGUGGGUCUGGUCAAAUUUCAGGACUUCAUCCAAAGGUUUUAAAUCACUCGUAUAGCUCAGAAUGCUAAACACAAACAGGACCUCAGUUACGAGGGGAUUGCUUACCGUCUAUCAGUGGUCUUUGACGAUUGUUGAUCCAUAGACUGAAAUGCUAGCUUCCUCCAGACGACCUUACGCAGAAAAAUGCUAUAGUGCUGUAAGUCACUCCCAAGCUUAGGAGUUGUCACUUGAAUCAUCGCAUCAAAAUGUUCGUCUAUCUUUAAAAAGCACUCAAUAUUUUCAGGCUCCUCGUGACUUUUAUCCGCACCUUUUACAAGUUUUUUCAAAAAAUAAUUGAAUUUGAGAAAAUCUGUUUUCCAUGCAGAGGAAAAUGCUGGACUUUUCUUGCGUGAAGGUGAUAAAUUUACUCAGAGACCACAAUACUGACCUCUUUGUCUCCUUCUUUGCCAUAGAAUGUCGCGACUUAGUCCGCAAUAUGCUAAAUGUGGACCAAAAUGAACGGUUCUCUGCGGAGCAGGUAUUUCGAAGCGCCUGGUGCAUGAAGGCCCUCAAGGAGAAUCCUGAUCUGCGGUACCUCGAUGAAAAUCUUCAUCUAGCUUCCUUUCGUAAGCCUUCAGAAUGUGUUCCUCAAGAAAAAGAUGAAAUUGGUAGGUAUAACUUUAAUAAAAUUGGUUUGUUAUUAAGGCCGCUGAAGGCAGCCUCGAGGACAGUGCGCUCGUCUCCGUUUUCCAACGGGGUCUAAGCCCAAGUCCGCAUUCGUUUAUUGUCUCCAUCAUUUUUAGGUGAAGGCAAGUACUGGCUGAACAAGGCUCUAAGAGACGAACGCACUGUCUACGAGGCUGCGUUCAACUGCCUUAACAACAAACCAGAUUUGGGCUUUGGAUGAGCUAGGACUGAUAGGAUCUUAUUUUGGUGCGUUUUUUAGGAUACCAUAUAAAUUUCAGACGUUCUUAAAUAACAUUUGAAAAUGGAAGUCCUGAAUGACUUUCACGUGAUGUGAGGAGGCCAAGGAUGGCAGGGUAGUGGGGGGGGGGGGGGGGGGGGGGAGAGACCAAAAAAUUUUAAAAAAAAACAAGAAUUUACUUUUUUGGGGAGUUUUUUCUUUUACACCUAUGUCGCCGGGGGUGUGUUGUAUUUCGAUGCAGGGGCGCAUCGCUGUUUUUUUACCUGCAAAGGAAAGAAACGCGCUGACCUCGCAUCAAAACUCCCAAUGGUCAACAGUGCAAUGAAAUCAUAGUUUGGGUGUAUUGGAAUAGGUAAAGUUUAGUGAUUUUUUUUUGUUUGAUGGUAGCACGAACAGUAAACAUCAUUAGUUUUUUAAAAAAAAAAAUUAACGGAUGGGGUUGGCAAGGUAUAUGAGGUGGGGGGGGGGGAAAGAGGGGGGGGGGGGGUGGGGGGGGGGGGGGGGGGACAGAGCAUACAAAUUUUCAGCCAAACACUGACUGUAAUCUUUAUGGGGUAAUUUCUCUAUAUCCCUUAUGGCCUGCGUAGUGGAUAUUACUGACAUGCGCAGGCUACCCAGGUUAUUUUCCUCACGUUAAUACUGACGAAAUACAGUGUUCUUGACUGAAGCCCAGCCUGAGCUUUGUUUUUAAAUCAUAUUCCCUAGUUUUCUCUGUCUAAGCCUCAACGUAUCGUGUAUAAAACGAUGUGAGCGCAACACCCAUUUAAUGUCCUCUUAAUCUCUGGUCAGCGUCAAACUUUUGAUUUUACUUAAGAUCGACAACGCGUAACAGACAAUACAGUUAACGACGAAACAUCUCCCUUAAACAUGCCCUGCAUGCGAAUGAUGAAUCCUUCAUAUUUGACCUCUAAUUACAUGUUUUGUUUCAUUCUAUCAGAAGAGGAGGAAUCUUACCCAGUAGACGUUCAACCUAUUCACCCUAAAAUAGGCCAGAAAUCUAAAGUGGUCAAGUGCUUCACUUUCGUACCAAAGCCUUGUCUGCCAAAGCAGAAACAUGAUCCUGGGCGACGUCACACUAUAUCUGGUUUCGAGAUACAUGAUAAGAGCUAUGGACUGAAUUUACGCGAUGACCUGCUUCGAAAUUUAGCUCAAAAGGAAGUGAAAGAAAAGUCAUUACAUAAGUUUGAAGAAGAGAAGAAGGCAUUGCCUGCAGAGUCUUAUAACAGGCAUAAAAACCGGAGAAGGAGUACACUUGUUACGGACGUGCUGCAAACGGUGACACCACCCAAGGAAAAGAAAAACGAACCCUACCAAAGGAAGGCGUCCUUAGUAUCUGACGUCAUCAAAUUUGAUCCUAAAACCGCUGCAGAGAGACGAGGAUCAAUGGCAGGCUCCAAAGCAAAUCCUCACAAUCAACCAGAAACGAUAAUGGAGGAGAGUACUAACUCUCCUGAGACGUCGGAGAAUGCACCUGAGCCCGCGACAAACCAAUGUGCAAAAAGCCCAAGAAAGCGCAUGCCUGGCGGUCGUGAGUCCCGUUUUAAAGAAGUUGACAAGCUUAAGUAUACUUCCGCAGCGAGAGCAGCUAAGUUGGCUUUUAAAGAGGCACACAUUUCAAUGCAAGCUAAUCGAAGGCUGUCUUUGCAAGGUCCCGAUCAUUAUUUGACUAUGCAAACCGUAGUGAAGCUACAAGGGAUUGAAAAGGAACCAAGUACAAAUACAAAGUUUAUAAACUGGAAAAAGAAAUUUAAAGUAGGCUUGGAAACAAAUACCUAA